GAAGAAGGUGCUCUUCCCCAGCUGCCUGUAGCCACGUUAGCCCAGCCACUAACCUGGAGCUGGUCAGCAAUCCACAACUUGCUGCGGUCGCGUAUGGGCAGUGUUUCGUCGUUGUUGUUUUUUUCGCAUGAGACAAACCCACUAAUGAACUGGCUAACACUAUGUACUGAAGACACAAGUAGAGAUGCGUUAUAGGCUACUCUGGCCACCAAGGACCUACCUGGCUGCCCAGUCUAUCGACUGACAGCUGUCACCUAGCUGCUUAGCUCGGGAGCUAGCUAGGUGCGCUAACGGCUAACUGGGAAUUUUGUUUUUAGGCUCGCAGCCAGGCUAGUAUAGCCAGCCGGUGUUGGUGUCGCUUCAGACAGAAACAAUGACUUCUUGAACAUUUGACUCCGCCUUUUGGUCAAACCAUGAGUUAGCAGAGGUUCUUCAGACAACAGUGUUUGGCAUUAUUUCAAGCUAGUUCAGCUAUUUUCUGUCUCCCAGGUAGCUUACUGCUAUCACUCAGUUGUUAAAAAGCCACUGCAGGAGGAAAACACCGGUUCCUCAGUGGAUUGGGACCGACUAUAACUUGCUGUCGCCGUCGUUUCGACUCUAAGCUAUUUUUUUGGACUUCGGCCUGCUCUCGAUAGCAUCUGGGUGAAAUGAAGAAAUUCUUUGACUCUCGUCGGGACUUUGCGGGCUCUGGGCCUGGUUCGGGAGCUGGCGGAGGAGGCACCGGUUCUGGCGGCGGCGGGAGCUUCAUUGGACGGGUCUUCAGCAUCGGAAGAUAUCAAGUGACUGUCGAGGAAAUUGUUGCAGAAGGAGGUUUUGCAAUUGUGUUUUUGGUGCGAACUCACCAAGGGCAACGUUGUGCUCUCAAACGAAUGUAUGUCAACAAUGAACAUGAUCUCAGGAUCUGCAAACUUGAGAUACAAAUUAUGAGAGACUUGGUAGGCAACAAAAACAUAGUUGGUUUCCUGGACUCCAGUAUAGCAGCUGUGGGAGCUGGAGAUGUGUGGGAAGUCUUGAUCUUAAUGGACUUCUGCCGAGGUGGGCAGGUGGUUAACCUGAUGAACCAGCGAUUACAGACCGGCUUCAGUGAAGCUGAGGUGUUGAGGAUCUUUUGUGACACAUGUGAGGCUGUCGCUCGGCUUCAUCAAUGCAAAACUCCCAUCGUCCAUCGAGACCUCAAGGUGGAAAAUAUUCUCCUGCAUGACCAGGGGCACUAUGUGCUCUGUGAUUUUGGAAGUGCCACAAAUCAUUUCCAAAACCCACAAACUGAAGGGGUUGCAGUCGUAGAAGAGGAAAUUAAAAAAUACACCACCCUGUCAUACCGUGCUCCAGAGAUGGUCAACCUUUAUGGUGGAAAACUCAUCACAACAAAAGCAGAUAUUUGGGCUUUGGGUUGUCUGCUCUAUAAACUCUGCUUCUUUACGCUUCCUUUUGGUGAGAGCCAAGUGGCUAUCUGUGAUGGUAGCUUCACUAUCCCAGACAAUUCUCGUUACUCCCAGGAAAUGCAUUGUCUCAUCAGAUACAUGUUGGAACCCGAUCCUGACAAGAGACCAGAUAUUUACCAAGUGUCCUACUUUGCCUUCAAACUGGCCCGGCAGGAGUGUCCUGUCCCAAAUCUGCACAAUUCCCCAAUUCCUUCACAACUUCCUGAGCCCAUCCGAGCCAGUGAAGCAGUGGCCAAAAAGAGUCAAACCAAAGCUAGACUAACAGACCCAGUUCCAACUACAGAAACCUCUAUUGCACCUCGACAGCGACCAAAAGCUGGCCAGCCGCAGUCGCAGCCUUUAUCAGGCAUUCUUCCCAUCCAACCAGCUCUCACCCCACGCAAGAGGCCUAAUGUGGCAACAGGAACACCGCCUGCUUUUGCAGUAGGAAUCAAUGCCGCAGCCACAGCUGCUGUUCAACCUGCACAGCAAGCUCCACCUGCACAGGCUGCUCAUCAACUAACGCAGACGAGCAACAAGCAGCCACAGCCUACGGCACAUCAGCAGGUCCUCAUGAAGACACAGCAGGCCUCACCCUUCCUAAUCCCUCACAAUAACCAGCAGAACCUGCAGCACCAACAACAAACAUCCUCCCAUGCAUCUGCUCUGCUGCAGUCCAAAGCUAAACCUGUUUCCCCAGUUUCCACUCUGCAACUUCAGCAGCAGCAUGUAGUCCACGAACCAUCCGCAACUCAUCUUGUUCCCAUUCCUGAGUCUGCAGUCAUUGCUCCUACAGCUGCCCCACAGACUCUAGGCAGAGAGAUGCGCAAAGUUGGCUCCUUGACACCUCCUUCAUCACCAAAGAUGGCUCCAAAAAGCGGCCACAGGCGAAUCCUGAGCGAUGUCACCCACAGUGCCAUCUUUGGAGUCCCAGUCAGCAAAUCCACCCAGCUGCUCCAGGCAGCCGCAGCUGAGGCCAGCCUCAACAAGUCCAAAUCAGCCAGCACCACUCCUUCUGGCUCCCCCUGCUCGUCCCAGCAGAAUGUGUAUCAUCCAGGUGGUGACGCUCCAUCAGCGCUCGCUGCACCGAAUCCUCAGCCUGGCUGGAACCCCUUUGGAGAUGAUAACUUCUCCAAGCUAACUGCAGAGGAGCUACUCAACAAAGACUUUGCAAAGCUAUCUGAGUCUGCUCAGCCUGGUGAAAUAGACCUCACAUCCAGUGAAAGUCUCAUUCCAGAGCUUGGGGCUUUUCCAGCAAAGGCUGAGGUGUGUGUGGAUUCCUUGAUUCCUGGUUUGGAAGCUCCUCAGCCUCAGCACCAUUCAGGUCAGCCAGAACGUAUUGCUGCCAGCAUGCCAGAUUCUUUCACUGGGGAGGCAUCUCUGCUGGGCUGUGAUUUGCUAACUCAUACUUCUGCUGGAAGCCAGCCUGUUUCAGCGCUCCCUUCCUCCUUCUCUUCUGGCCCCCCUGGCUGUGGCUCCGGAUCCUGUCUGGAGGAUCUGCAACCCAGUCAGGCUGCCGACUCUUUCCUCUUGUCUGGUGGGAAAAAGGGCAAUGAUGAAGAGUUUGACCCCAUUCCUGUGCUUAUUCCCAAAAACUCAAAUCAAGGUGGUCACUCUCACAGCAACAGUGGCAGUUCAGAGUCCAGCAUCCCCAACUUGGCGCGCUCCCUUCUGCUGGUGGAUCAGCUCAUCGACCUCUAGAGGGGUGGGAGAGGUCGAAAGGGCAGAAUGCAAUCCUAAAAACAAAAUGAAACAAAUAAAAAGGGUGUUGGAGAGACAGGCACUUGCUGUAUCAACCUUUUGAAGUGAGGAAAAGCCAGCAUGGAUUGGUUCAAUAGAGCCAUUCUGUUUAUGUGCCUCCUUGGCCUCAACUCCAUCUCUAGCAGCGUGAUAAGCUGGUUUCAUGCAUCUCUGCUGGCCGUUGACAUUUCCACGCUGGUAUUUUAUUUUUUUUCCUUUUCUGUUAAUGGCUGAGAAUAUCAUCUGCUUCCGUCCUGGCUUCACCAUGGUCUUUUUUUGUUUUUUCAUGCUUCCUUGUUCUUGCAAUAACGUCCCUCAUUGAUUUUUUUAUUUUUUAUACCCAUGGUGAUUGACUGUCACAGCAAGCACUGCUUGGUCACAGGUCCUUGGUGUGUUUUGUUCGUUAUCAUGGUUAAAUCUUGAAAGAACUGUCAGGAACAUUCCUGCAUGUCAAGAGGUCGUUGAAGAAGUGAAAUUGAGAAUGAUGUAGACCUUAUGAAUACCAUGGUGGAGUCUUUAUUUUGAAAGAUUUGGACUGGAUCAAACAAGAUGGAACAUUAAGGAACCACUCAAUCAUUUACUGCUGCAUUGAACAAGAUUUUUUUUUUGAGCAAUACAAAAGGGCAUUUGUUUUAGUUAAUUUAACCCAUUGUGUGGAAACAGCUUCAAUUGGAUUACAGAACAUAUAGCCUUAGGAAUUUAUAUCCAUUCAGUCCUGUGCUGCUAUUCCCAUGUGCAUCUUUCACGUUCAGGUAGGUUAUAGUGCCUUGCAAAAGUAUUUCUAUACCUUUAAUAUGUCAAUUUUUUGUUCAUAUAGCAAACAACUUUCAGUGUAUUUUUAGGGGGAUUUUAUAUGAUACACCAGUCCAAAGUUGUGUCUUUAUUGAAGUAAAUUUAAAAGGAUUCAGUGUUCAGUUUUUUUUCUUUAAUCACUUAACUAAGAAUUGAGGCACUUGGCAUCAGAAGUAACUUAGCUGUUAAAUUGAGUCAAAAUAAUUUUUUAAAAAUAUGACUGAUACCAACAUUUGGGUCAAAUGUUGGUAUCAGUCAUAUUUUUAAAAUUUGAUUGAUUUGACUUGAACCUUUCUGUUUGUUCGCUACUUUGUGCUGGUUCAUCACAUAAAAUCCCAACACAAUACAUAGAAACUUGUGGUUUUAACAUGUCAGAAUGUGGUAUAAAUGCUUUUCCAAUGCACUGUAUAAGUAGGUGUGUGCAGAUUUCUUUUUCUGAAUAUCAUGAAGGGUGUUACAAAUGUUAAAACUACAACAAUAAUGGUUAUGAUCUUUUGCUUUUUAAAACAUGAAACGUUUGAACUUUGGCUGACUAGUUUGACGCAAAGAUAUCAGCCUUUUUCAUAACACCACAUAUGUGUAUUACUCAAACUGGUGCAUUUUCAUUUGUAUUUUUAAAUUUUACAACUCCUAUAGCACUAAUGUGAACAGACGAGAACCAAAGUGAAAUGAGAUUUUGUAAUCCUGCUGUUAGCGAUGUAACGUUCUGCUCUCAGGGUCAGUAUGAGUGAGCAGACUUUUUCAGUAAUCAUCCUGACACUGAAGGAGGUUUAGUGUAGAUACCAUCAAAUGUUUGUUUUCUGUGGGGUAACCAUAUUAACAACAAUGACCUACCAUGCUCUUGCUCAAUUCCCUCUUCCUUACUCAUUUAUAUGUCUAACUUCAGUGCAAAAAUAUCCUAUUGCUCAAUUUCACUAUUUUUAGCCCUUUUGAUUUUAGGUUGUUGUAUAUUAUUUAAAGGCAUUUUAUCGGUCAUAGUGUGAAUAAUAAUCAUAGGAAUUUAGUAAAACCUGUAUGAGCGAUCUCAUCAUUUAACAUGUUGAACAAUUUACUUAGAUUAAACACACAUUAAUUACAGUGUAUUUAAAAGUGUAAAUGAUGACCUAGCCUGUUAAAUUUUCCGCUGUUUAUUUCUCUCCAUUCAUGUCGAUUAUUCAGCCAGAGCUUUCGAUGUUUAUGCACUUAAUACAUGAAAUGGUGUGCUUCUGAGUUGUCUGCCCAGAUCAUAUUUUUAGCACUUUGUUCCUAUUGUACCAUUGAUAUGUUACUGUUAUAGUGACGGCAGAUUGUGCUAUAAGAGAUGUUAUGACGGAGUGUUCUUCCUGAUGUCUCUGGAGCACCUUUGGUUCCUCAUGACUGCCUGUUUUUAUUGAUCAAAUAAUGAGAGAAAGUUGAAUGGCAGCUGUACAAAAAAAUGCAUUACAUUUGCUGACAAUCAUUGCAGUUUAUGUUGCUAUAUGUAAAGAUUCCACCAAGUUCUACUUUGAAUUAGGGCUUUUAUUUUGUCAAGGAAGUUUAACUGCAUUGCUGUCUAUUGUAAGCUUAUUUUUAAGCGUAGUUUGACCUUGCACUUAACCUUGAACUGCACAUUUCCUUCUGUUUUGCCAUCACUGCUACAGUUAAUGGUUUAUGCAUAAAUCUCUUUAAGAAAUCAA